GUGACCUCCCUGUUUUCACCCAGUUAAACGCAUGUACUUAAAAGACAGGCCAGUGCCAUUCACCAACACAAGCACGAUCCACACAGUAUUCAUGUCAGAAAGGUAAGAUCGCUGCUGCGGGGACUCGGAUCUCUGGAAGUGGACCAUGGCGGCUGCCACGAGCAGCAACACAUCCACAGCCACGCUACAGAUCAAGCACUCCAGUAUUGAGCAUACGCGGAAACGCAUAGACCCGAGGAGGAGACAGGCGGCGUUGUCUUUUCUCAGCAACAUUUCUCUAGAUGGACGACCCGUGCAAGACGAUGCAGACAAUCAAGCAGAGGAGGAGAACUCGCUCGAAGCAAGGACUAGACAGAGCCUGGUUUCUCCGGAGCGCUCGGCGUACGGGGCUGCUGGAGCCGCUGCUGCUGCUGCUGCGGCCGCAGCGGCGACCACCGCCGCCCAGGCGCUCGCCUUUGCAAACCAGGCUCUCCUCGCCAACACUCGGGCCAGCUUUGGGACAGGUCCCGCCGCUUCCCCGGCGGGCGCAGACGCGGAGGGAGACGCUUUCUUGCCCUCGACGUUCAGCUCGCCAUUCUCCGCGGUCCCUGCCUCGACAAGAGGGAGGCUGCAGACGUACACUCAGGGAAUCCUUCCUGCCCCCUACUCCAGGCAAACCUCCCAAAACUACUGCCUGGAGGGAGGACAGAUCGCAAACUCUGCAAUAGAGCUACAGAGGUCAAGACGAAGACUCAUCUCUCAGCGCUCGUCACUUGAAACACUAGAGGACAUUGAGGAAAAUGCUCCCCUCCGAAGAUGCCGGACCCUAUCGGGUUCACCCCGACCAAAGAGCGUCAAGAAGAUCCACUUCAUAAAGAACUUGAGGCAACAUGAUAUGCGCAAUGGAAGGAUAGUCCUUAUCAGUGGCAGAAGAUCCUUCUAUAGUGUAUUUUCUGUCCUGCCCUAUCGAGAUUGUAGCCAAGCAGGGGAUGUAAAGCUGGAAGGUGGGCGUCAGCGGCACCCGUCAGGAGGCGUCAGUGCCAAAGAGAUGGUGAUUGGGCUGGAAGGGGUGGAGCUGGGAGCUGAUGGAAAGACUGUGUCCUACACCCAGUUCCUGUAUCCCACUAAUGUGCUGGGGGGUCGAAGAAACACCAUCGACUCCACCUCGUCCUUCUCUCAGUCUCGUAACGCCAGCCAUAGAAGCCUCAGCCUGGGCCGAGCCAAUAGCAACCAGAGCAGCAUAGACACAGGGAAUGAUUUGGGAGACUUGAGGGAGUACGACCCAAAUCUGCUAGAUGACCCUCAGUGGCCUUGUGGGAAACACAAGAGAGUCCUCAUCUUCCCUUCCUACAUGACUACGGUCAUCGAAUACGUCAAACCCUCUGACCUCAAGAAGGACAUGAACGAAACCUUCAAGGACAAAUUCCCCCACAUACGCCUCACACUCAGCAAAGUUAGGAGCUUGAAAAGGGAGAUAAGAAAGCUGGCCCAGGAUGAAUGUGGCUAUGAGGAGCCGACAGUGGCCAUGGCUUUCGUCUACUUUGAGAAACUCGUUCUUCAAGGCAAACUAAACAAGCAGAACCGUAAACUCUGCGCUGGAGCGUGUGUCCUUCUGGCGGCCAAGAUCGGGGGUGAUCUCAAAAAACAUGAAGUCAAGCAGCUGAUAGAUAAACUGGAGGAGCGGUUCCGGGUGAACCGCAGAGAGCUUAUCGCCUUCGAGUUCCCCGUCCUCGUGGCGUUAGAGUUCAACCUGCACCUGCCCGAGCAUGAGGUCAUGCCCCACUACAGACGCCUGGUCCAGACCUCCUAGCAUUAGUGACCCAUCAGGAGGACAACUAAGCAGGUUCUCCUCCUGAUCCUCCGCUUCCCAAGACAUCCAUCCUCCCGCAUAGUCUUCACCACCCUCUGAAAUAUCAGUCGACCUCCUGCAGCCACUACCCGACAUCAGCCUCCUCCCUCUCAGAGACAUGAAAUCAGCCAAAGUGAUCCACAUUUCCCGAACUUACUCUUUCCAUUGUUUGACUUCUACAUUCAUUAUCACUACAUGGACCACUGAAAGAAAGGGUUGUAUCGUCUGCAAACUGGUUGUUUUUCUAGUUUGCAUGUUUCCACGCGUCUUCUUCUUUGCUUUCAAUAUUUUAGACCUCUCUUGUUGAUAAAGAGAGCUUUGAAUCUGAUGGACUAUUUUUUUCAGCUUAAGGAACCAAUGAUUGUAACAUUUUUUUUAAUCAUUACUUUCAUGAAUCUUCUCAUAAACGUUGAUUUUAUUGGUUGCCUCCUGACUGGCAUAGAAAUGAAACAGAAGCCUUUUAAGUGGCUGUUUUUAGGCUGGACGUUUUUUUUUCCCUUAGAGUGACUCAUAUUUCCCCGAGGUCAUGGUCUUAAAAGUGCACUUUUUUGCAAAACAGAAGGGGAAGGGGGACAUUUUCUAAGACUUUUACUGAGCUGUGGAACCAACCACGAAGAAAUAAGCUGUGUUCACAGGCACCACAAUCAUCUGCAUGAAUACUAACAGUCAUUUUUACACACAGGUACAAAGGUGCUUGCAGACCAGAUGGGACUUUCUAUUUUCAUUGAAGUAUUUCAUUCAUUUUCUACCAUUCAAAUGCUUGCUAUGGACUAACCCAGUCCACACACCCUUUUUUUAUCAGUGUCGAAAUUCCCUGUGCUCUAUGUUAGAGUGUAUUGCUAGCACGUUUACAGUGCUAAUCUGGGUCAGGAAGGCACUUUUGGAGAGGUGUUUGAGUGAAGAAAUGCCAUUAAGCAGUGAUCAGGUUCAGCUGGAGGUGCUGAGCUCUCCUGCUGAAGUGUCCUCAAGCAAAAGUCCCUACAGGCUUCAGGGACUCUUCUCUUUAAUAAAGUCCAUCUCUGACCUCUCUGAGGAAAUCCUUAACGAGAAUGAAACAGGGAUCAAUGAUGGAUCAAAUAUUUGCAUACAGCUUGAAUCAGAAUUUGUUGAUUUCAAAUUUAAGAGGUUUUGAAAACAGUCGAACUAUAAAAAUCAACAAAUUGUGACCAAUCCGAAAAGUAUUAUUGUGUUUAUUUGGCAUGUAUCUCGACUUGAUUUCUUCUUGUAUUACCUUAAAAACGGUCGCACGCAUUACCACAGAGUAUUGAGAGGUAACUUAAUCGGUAUUAUGCGACCCACUUUGAAAAAUAGCCUUAAAAUCUGUU